CCUCUGCAGAGCAGGAGAACGCGCGAAGUCAUCUGCAAACCAAUUUCAGUUAUUUCUAAUACAAAUUCUGAAAUCAACGCUUGCCUUGCAAUGGCCAGUAAUCCUCAAUCAUCUGCGGCACAGCCACUUUGUCCUCCAAUAGUUGGUUCAGCUGGUCUUCCUCAAAACUUUGGUCCUCCAAUAUCCAUGCAAUUUCGACCUGUGGUUCCAGUGCAGCAACCACAGCCAUUUAUUCCGGCUGCUUCUCAACAGUUUUAUCCGAUUGGCCAAGGAAUUUCUGGAUCAAAUGCAGGAAUUUCUUCUGCCCAAAAUCAGCAACUCCAGUUUUUCCAACCAACUCAACAGCUACCUCCAAGGCCUGGCCAGCCAGGUCAUGGCCCACCUUCAUCACAAGCAAUUCCAAUUUCUUAUUCUCAGUCAAACAGGCCUAUUUUAUCUGGAUCUUCACAGCCUCAGCAAAAUGCUCAACCUAUAUCUGGUACUGGUAUAGGUGGCACGGGCAUACCUCUUUCAUCAUCAUAUACUUUUACACCACUGUCUUAUGGCCAGCCACAGAAUAACAUAAAUACCUUUACCCACUACCAGCCAGUGUCUCAAAUGCAUGCGCAUGUGGUACCAGCUGCAGGACAACCUUGGUUGCCACCUGGAAGCCAAAGCACACCUCUUGUUACUCCUGUGCAACAGACUGUUCAACAACCUUCAGUUACAGCUCCUACUGUUCCAGCAACAGCUGUUCAGCCUAGCCCUACUCAACAGUCCUCGUCAGACUGGCAGGAACAUACUUCACCUGAUGGCAGAAGAUAUUAUUACAACAAGAAGACACGGCAAUCUAGUUGGGAGAAGCCCUUAGAAUUAAUGACCCCUAUUGAGAGGGCAGAUGCAUCAACUGUCUGGAAGGAAUUUACAACUCCAGAAGGGAGGAAGUAUUACUAUAGCAAGGUUACCAAGCAAUCCAAAUGGACGAUGCCUGAGGAAUUGAAGUUGUCUCGUGAACAGGCAGAAAAAGCAGCUAGUCAGAGUAUUCAGCCUGAGACUAUCAUGGCCUCUCACACCUCAGUUUCUGUCACUGUCUCUUCAGUUGAGCCACAAUCUGUUUCGGCUAAUUCUGUUAGCUCUACCCCAUCUGCUCUUAUACCCAGUUUGGCAUCAAGCCCUGUUCCAGUGACACCUGUUGUAGCUGCUGUUAAUCCACUCUCUAUGGUAGCUUCUGGGUCACAAACUGUUCCUGCUGUACUUGGUGCUGCAACAACAAGUGCAGCAGGUGUUCAUUCUACUGCAGCAGCAGUUGAUGCUACAUUGGUCAACACAACUACUACAACAACGACUAAUAUUGAGAUUGUACCUCAUCAAGAUGUCACAACUUCUGUAGAUGGAGUGUCUGCUCAGGAUUUGGAGGAAGCAAAAAAGGGCAUGGCUGUUGCAGGCCAAAUCAAUAUUGCUACUGCAGAGGAGAAAACAAUUGAUGAUGAACCCUUGGUUUAUGCUAAUAAGCUGGAAGCAAAAAGUGCUUUCAAAGCACUUUUGGAGUCAGCAAAUGUUGAAUCUGACUGGACUUGGGAGCAGGCCAUGAGGGUAAUAAUCAAUGACAAGAGAUACGGUGCUCUGAAAACACUCGGAGAACGGAAGCAAGCAUUUAAUGAGUACCUCGGCCAGAGGAAAAAACAGGAGGCUGAAGAGAGACGUAUGAGACAGAAAAAGGCACGCAAAGAGUUCACAAAAAUGCUAGAAGAGUCCAAAGAGCUGACAUCAUCCACAAGAUGGAGUAAAGCUAUAUCCAUGUUUGAGGAUGAUGAAAGGUUCAAGGCUGUUGAACGACCUAGAGAUCGAGAAGAUCUUUUUGAAAACUAUUUGGUGGAACUUCAGAAAAAGGAACGUGCAAAAGCACAGGAAGAACAUAAGCAGAACAUAAUGGAAUACAAACAAUUUCUUGAGUCGUGUGAUUUUAUCAAGGCAAACAGCCAGUGGCGUAAAGUUCAAGAUCGCUUGGAGGAUGAUGAAAGGUGCUCACGUCUUGAAAAAAUUGAUCGGUUGGAAAUUUUCCAGGAAUAUGUACGUGACUUAGAGAAGGAAGAAGAGGAGCAAAAGAAGAUUCAUAAGGAACAACUUAGAUGGGCUGAGCGUAAAAACCGAGAGGAAUUUCGUAAAUUAUUGGAAGAACAUGUAGCUGCUGGGACACUUAUAGCCAAAAUUCAUUGGCGUGACUAUUGCAUGAAGGUUAAGGAUUUGCCUGCUUAUCUGGCAGUUGCAUCAAACUCAUCUGGUUCAACACCAAAAGAUUUAUUUGAGGAUGUUGCUGAAGAACUGGAGAAACAGUAUCGUGAAGACAAGACUCGAAUAAAGGAUGCAAUGAAGUUGGGAAAAAUUAAUAUGGCUUCGACAUGGACACUUGAUGAUUUCAAAUCUGCUAUUGCUGAUGAUGUUGGUUCCCCACCAAUAUCAGAUGUCAACUUAAAGCUUAUAUUUGCUGAGCUACUAGAAAGGAUCAAGGAGAAAGAGGAAAAGGAAGCUAAAAAGCGUCAGUGUCUGGCAGAUGAUUUUUCUGAACUACUUUAUUCAAUUAAGGGAAUAACUGCAUCUUCUAAAUGGAAAGAUUCCAAAUCACUUUUUGAAGACAGCCAAGAGUACAGAUCAAUCCUGGAAGGGAGCUUUAGGAGGGAGAUCUUUGAGGAGUACAUUAUGCACUUGCAAGAAAAGGCAAAAGAGAAGGAGCGCAAGCGAGAGGAGGAAAAGACCAAAAAAGAAAAGGAGAGAGAGGAGAAAGAAAAGAGGAAAGAAAAGGAGAGAAAGGCGAAGGAGAAAGAACGUGAAAGGGAAAAGGGAAAAGAGCGAUCUAAGAAGGAUGAAACAGAGAGUGAGAACAUUGAUGCAACUGACGUUUAUGUCUCUAAAGAGGAUAGAAAGAGGGGUAAAGACAAGGACAGAGACAAAGACAAGGAAAGGAAACAUCGAAAACGUCAUCAUAGUACAGCCGAUGAUAUAAGCUCCGAAAAAGAUGAGAAAGAGGAGCCAAAGAAAUCUCGUAGACAUAACAGUGACAGAAAAAAAUCGAGGAAGCAGCAUGCUUACACGCCUGAAUCAGAUGGAGAAAGCAGGCAUAAGAAACACAAGAGAGAGCACCGGGAUGGUUCCCGUAGAAAUGGUGCUUAUGAGGAGCUUGAAGAUGGAGAACUUGGAGAGGAUGGGGAAAUCCGGUAGUUUCCUUUUUAUCUAUCCCUGCAGAUUAUUAAUUCCUUUUCGUACUUUCAUUCUGGCUCUCUCUUUCUAUCCUCACGGAUAUUGCGAAUUAACUAUUUACUUGACUAUGUUGGAUAUUUUGCCAAUGUAUACAUUUUUUUUCAGUAGUUACUUCUUUAAUUGAUUAUGAUUGCAGUGCUAA